AUGCCCUACCUGGCCGAUCCCUCCACCAAAUACAAGCCGUUCCCCCCGAUCAAUCUGCCCAACCGGCAGUGGCCGUCGAAAACGCUGCAGAAGCCCCCGCGGUGGCUGUCGACGGACCUGCGGGACGGCAACCAGUCGCUGCCGGAUCCCAUGACCAUGGCGGAGAAGAAGGAGUACUUCCAGAAGAUUGUCGACAUUGGCUACAAGGAGAUCGAGGUGGCGUUCCCGUCCGCCUCGCAGGUGGACUUUGACUUCACCCGCUUUGCCUGCGACACCGCCCCCGAAGACGUGUGGAUCCAGGUGCUGGCUCCGUGCCGAGAGGAUCUCAUCACCCGAACCGUCGAGUCCGUCAAGGGCGCCAACAAGGCCAUCAUCCACAUCUACCUCGCCACCUCCAAGUGCUUCCGGGACAUUGUCUUCAACCAUUCGCGAGAAGAGGCCCUGGCCAAGGCCGUGGCAUGCGCCAAGCACGUGCGAGCCCUGACCAAGGACUCGGACGACCCCGAGUGCAAAAAGACCACCUGGGGUUUUGAGUUCUCCCCCGAGACCUUCUCCGACACCGACGUGGACUACGCCAUUGAGGUCUGUGAGGCCGUGAAGGCCGCCUGGGGCCCCUCCGAGGAGAACCCCAUCAUUUUCAACCUCCCCGCCACCGUCGAAAUGGCCACCCCCAACAUCUACGCCGACCAGAUUGAGUACUUUGCCACCAACAUUUCCGAGCGGGAGAAGAUUUGCAUUUCUCUGCACCCCCACAACGACCGAGGUUGUGCCGUGGCUGCUGCCGAGCUGGGCCAGAUGGCCGGAGCCGACCGAGUCGAGGGCUGUCUGUUUGGCAACGGCGAGCGAACCGGAAACGUCGACCUCGUCACUCUGGGUCUGAAUUUGUACACCCAGGGCGUGCAUCCCAAGAUUGACUUCUCCGACAUCACCUCGAUCAUCGACAUUGUGGAGCGAUGCAACAAGAUCCCCGUGCACCCCCGAGCUCCCUACGGCGGCCAGCUGGUGGUGUGUGCCUUCUCCGGCUCUCACCAGGACGCCAUCAAGAAGGGCUUUGCUCGAAUCGAAGACGUCAAGGAUGAGGUGGCCGAGGGCAAGCGACAGUGGCAGAUCCCCUACCUGCCUCUUGACCCCAAGGACAUUGGCCGAACCUACGAGGCAGUCAUUCGAGUCAAUUCGCAGUCCGGCAAGGGAGGAGCCGCCUGGAUCAUUCUGCGAUCUCUGGAGCUCGAUCUGCCCCGAGGCCUGCAGGUUGCCUUCUCCAAGGUGGUCCAGAAGGAGGCCGAGGUGGUUGGACAGGAGCUGUCUGCCCAGCAGUUGGUGGAUCUCUUUGAGCGAGAGUACGGCGUGUUUGAGGAGCAGCAGGGCAAGUACCAGCUGGACGACUUUGAGGUGACCAACAAGUCCAAGGAGGAGCGAGAGCUGACCGGAGCUCUGACCGUCGAGGGCAAGCGAGUCGAGCUCAAGGGUACCGGUAACGGUCCCAUUUCGUCCUUCCUGGAUGCCAUCAAGAACGCCUUUGGCUACAACCUCGAGGUUCUCAACUACCACGAGCACUCCAUUGGUAAGGGUUCCAAGACCAAGGCUGCUACUUACAUUGAGCUGGCCUAUGAGGAGGACGGCAAGACUUCCAAGCGAUGGGGUGUUGGUAUUGACGAGGAUGUUUCCCAGGCUUCUAUUCAUGCUAUUCUGUCUGCCAUGAACGCCAUUAGCGAGUCCUACAAGAAAUAA